AUGUCUCAAGAUUUAAAUUAUGCAGAUAAAGAAAAAGAAAAUAAAUAUGUUAAAGUUUGGGAAAAUAUUUCAUUAUCUGAUCUAGCUGAGAGUUUCCAAUCUCUAAGUAAUAUCUUUAAAAAAAAAUGUUUAUUUAUUAGUGAUCCUAAAAGUAAAAAAACAAAAAAAAAGCCUACUGAAUAUGAAUUUAUUAGGCAGUCUCCUGUAAAUACGAAAAAUUUAAUUAAACGACCACCGAUUGUAACAAUAAUGGGCCAUGUUGAUCAUGGGAAAACAACAUUACUCGAUGCACUUCGAAACUCUUCAAUUGUUGAAAAAGAGUUUGGAGGAAUAACACAACAUAUUGGUGCUUUCUUAGUGACAGUAAGUUCUGGACAAACUAUUACGUUUAUUGAUACCCCUGGCCAUGCAGCAUUCACUACAAUGAGAGCAAGAGGUGUACAACUUACAGAUAUAGUAGUUUUGGUAAUAGCAGCAGAUGAUGGAAUUAUGGAGCAAACAAUUGAAUCAAUAAAAAUCAUAAAAAAAUCUUUUGUGAGAACUAUUAUAGCUGUAAACAAAAUCGAUAAGGCAAAAGCUUUAAAUAUUGAAUUAAUUAAAGAGAAAUUACUCGAAGAGGGAAUUCAAGUUGAAGACAAAGGAGGUGAUGUACAAAUCGUUCCCAUUUCUGCUCUUAAAAGAAUUAAUUUAGAUCUCUUAAUAGACAUGAUUUUGACUGAAGCUGAGAUAAUGAAUUUGACGGGAGAUCCAACGGGUUCUGUAGAGGGUGUUAUACUUGAAACUAAAGUUAGCCAUUUAGGAGCACAAGCCACCAUUUUGGUAAAAAAAGGAACGCUAAAAAAAGGGACAAUAUUGUUUGGUGGCAAAACCUAUUGUAGAACAAGGUCAAUGCUUGAUGAAAAUGGAAAUCACCUCACAUCUGCAUCUUUAUCGACUCCAGUUCAAAUUUCUGGAUGGAAAGAAUUGCCUAGUGCAGGAGAUGAAGUUUUCGAAGUAGAAUCUGUUAAAAUAGCCAAUCAAUUAAUUAAACAUGUAGAACAAAAAAAUAAAAAAGAACAACAAGAAUUAGAAUCAGAAAUUAUAGAAGAAAAGCAAAGGUUGCAAAAAUUAGAAUUCAUGAAUUUCAAGGAAAAAUUGAAAAAAAUAUCUUCCUCCAAGGAACAUUGGCUAUUGAAACAAGAGGUUAUUGAAAAUGAAAAAUCUAAAAUCCUUAAAGCUAAUUCUAUGCCUUCCCUUAGUGUAAUUAUAAAAGGUGAUGUUCACGGAAGUAUAGAAGCCAUUCAAGAAAUUUUUGACACAUAUGACAAAAAUGAUGAAUGUGAGCUUUCAAUAGUAAGUUCUUCCGUUGGUAAAAUCACUCUUAAAGAUGUUGAGCUUGCUGAAACUUUUAACGCUAUCAUAUAUGCCUUUAAUGUUGACUUAAAUGACGAUUUAAAAAAUAUUGUGAAAACGAAAAAAGUCGAUAUUCGAAAGCAUAAUGUUAUCUAUAAAAUGAUUGACGAUUUAAAAGAUGAAAUAUCAUCCAGAUUACCAAUGAAAAAUUGUGAAAGAGUAUUAGGAGAAGCAGAAGUGUUACAAGUUUUUUUCGUAACAUAUAUGAACAAAAAGAAAAAACUUCCAGUUGCCGGUUGUAAAUGUAAUAAAGGUGAACUCAAAAAAGAUGCAUUGUUUAGAAUUGUCAGAAAUGAUGAAAUAAUAUUUGAGGGAAAAUUGUUAUCAAUGAAACAUCUCAAAAAUGAAGUCGGUACAAUUCGUACAAAUGCAGAAUGCGGAUUAUUAUUUGAUUCUCUCGCUUCUGAAUUCAAACCCUCAGAUAAAAUCAUUUGCUAUGAAUUAUAUCAAGUUCCACAAAAAACUUCUUGGAAUCCUGGUUUUUAG